AUGUCAGACGAGGUUUACUACGAAUCCACCUCCUAUUGCGCGUCUUGUGACGAGUAUUUCUACGACCACGGAGAACGUCGUAAGCACAUCCAGGCAACAGAAAGUCAUCCUCGAUGUGACAUUUGCCAUAAACGAUUCCUUAAUCAGAAUACUUUGCGCGUACACUACCUCGAAACUGCUGGCCACCACUACUGCAUCACAUGCGAUAAGCUUUUCGAUUCUGCCGGCGGUCUCCAAGUUCAUAUUGAUUAUGCAGCCGUGCAUUGCAAUGAUAGCGAUAACGAAGACGAAGACGAGGAUGAUUAUAAAGAGCGCGAAGAGAAUUGGGAAGACGAGCUGGCCUUGGAGGUCUAUCCAAAUGGCUACCAAGAUCCCAAUAUCUACUAUCCUGACGACGCAUCAUUUGAAGACUUUGACGACUACGAUUUUGAAGACGAAGAGGACCUCGGAGACCCUCCGUUUGACUUUGGAGAAGAAUGGGAAGAUAACUCGCAGUUGGAGGAAGGUGUCGAAGAAAUAGAUGGGUUCCAGUGCCCCAUGUGCCAGAAAUGUUCGCCGAACACGGUUUGCUCUACCAAUUCGGCCACUAUACGGGAAUGUGUCCUGUUUGCGACGAAGAUGAUGAUGUAG